AAUCCACGCGCAGGACGACGCAGCCGUGGGAGAUAAUACUCGUCGCUCGCUCCUCUUCGAUUUAUCCUGAAAGGCAAAAGAGAGCUGGUGGUGGUCGUUCUUCCAAUCCCUUCGCGGAUUCGACCUCGUCUCCAUGGCGAUUUCGCUCUCCCCCUCCUCGAUUCCUUGUUUGAGGAGCGAGAAUCCAGUCGGUUCGGUCGGCGCUUCUUCCUCCCUGUCGCCGCUCGGGCUCCGGUUUCCGGCGAGUUCUCGUGGGUUUGGCGGCGGUGGAAGCCAGAGAAUCUCGGUGAAUUCGAAGCCUCGGAGCUUCUCUCUGGUGGUUGAAGCUAAGAAGCAGACAUAUAACUCUUUUGAUGAUUUGCUGGCCAAAUCUGAGAAACCUGUGUUAGUUGAUUUUUACGCUACUUGGUGUGGUCCUUGUCAAUUUAUGGUUCCCAUCCUGAAUGAGGUCAGCAUCAGACUUAAAGAUACAAUUCAAGUUGUGAAGAUUGAUACUGAGAAGUACCCCAGCAUUGCUGAUAAAUACAGGAUAGAAGCAUUACCUACCUUCAUCAUAUUUAAAGACGGGGAGCCCUUUGAGCGUUUUGAGGGUGCUCUGACAGCUGAUCAACUGAUCCAGCAGAUUGAGGAUUCGCUGAAAGUUAAGCAAUAGCUUUGGUGAGCCCCAGUUAUUCUCUCGGUGUUGCUUCCAUUGUAGGCAUAUCUGUUGAACACUGUCCAUUCACAAAUCCUCCAUAAUGCUGCAAUUCUCAUUUGAGAAUGAUAACUGGUGGCCUCAGCCUUGUUAUAUGUAACUUUCAAGCGUGCCUAGGAAGUUCUAUUCUCCUGUUUCCA